GAUAAUUUCAGUAAUAAAUAAAUAUCGAACUCCAGCACGUGGAAAUAAAUAUUGCUGAAAAACAACGCAAUUUGCGAGGAAAAAGGAGCCACAACAGACCCAAUCCCAACAUGGAGGUAGAGAACAUCAAGGCGGACGCAUUCGAGCCGACGAAGCGGGCACCCAAGCGCGGAGCCACCGGUGGUGGGCAGCAGGACGUGGAGAUGCAGGUGGACGAGGCCACCGGCAUUGAGGGCCAGGUGCUGGAAUCCCUGCGAGCCUCGGCUCCGCCCAAGGCCAAGCGCGCCAGGAGCGAGCUGCGCAAGGUGUCGGUGCCGCCGCACAGGUACUCCUCGCUGAAGGAGCACUGGAUGAAGAUCUUCACGCCCGUGGUGGAGCACAUGAAGCUGCAGAUCCGCUUCAACAUGAAGGCGCGCCAGGUGGAGCUGCGCGUCGGCCCCGAGACGCCGGACAUUGCCAACCUGCAGCGCGGUGCGGACUUCGUGCGCGCCUUCCUCUGCGGCUUCGAGGUGGACGACGCCCUGGCCCUGCUACGGCUGGAGGACCUCUUUGUCGAGUCGUUCGAGAUCAAGGACGUGAAGACGCUGCGCGGUGACCACCAGUCGCGUGCCAUUGGUCGCCUGGCCGGCAAGGGUGGACGCACCAAGUUCACCAUCGAGAACGUGACCAAGACCCGCAUCGUGCUAGCCGACAGCAAGAUCCACAUACUCGGCAGCUACCAGAACAUCCAGCUGGCACGUCGGGCGGUCUGCAACCUCAUCCUGGGAUCGCCGCCCAGCAAGGUGUACGGCAACCUGAGGGCCGUCGCCUCGCGCCUCUCGGAGCGCAUGUGAUCGGGGGAUUGGGAGUUGAGAUGGAGAAGUAGUUGCAUCUUUUUUUUAGCAUUAGCAAUAAAUAAUAAAUAUAACAUGUAUUCAUACAUUUACAAUAUA